AUGGCCGCUCGUCAACGCGCAAUGGAGCUCAUGGAGCGAAAGGAGGCCAUAGAAACGCAACUAUCAGAGCAGUUUACAAUUCUUUCGGCCAACCAAUCCACGAUGAAUACGCCACUUGUCGACCCAGAAGGCUUCCCCCGUUCAGAUAUUGAUGUCUGGGCAGUCAGACAUGCAAGAGUGCGAAUAAUCGAGUUGAAGAAUGACUUGAAUGGCAUUGUGGACGCGAUUGCCGUCGCUUUGGCGUCCAUGAGCAAGGAUGACGCGGCGUCUAGCUCGAACGCAGAGGCUUCUGCACCAUUGACGAAUGGAAUAUUGCACCCGGAUGAUACCAAUACGCUGAGGGCUUUGCAAGAGGACGGAGUCGCACAAAUUGUCCAACCGCCGACAGUCAAGCUCAUCGAUGCCAAAGGCAAGAUCCAGGUUUGCAUGAGGUGGGAAACCACUUCGACUAGUAUUACUGCGGCUCAGAGAACGGCCGUCGAAGAGGCUGUAGGCAAAAUGUACAACAAAUGGAUAGCCUGGCUCGCGGGGUGGGACGACUUUCCGUACAGCUCCGUUCCCGUCACAGUAGUUGGAUGGGCAACGAGCAAUACUGCACUUCUUCAAGGUUCUACAUCUGGUGUCGACGUAUAUAAUACUGUGGACGAAGGCGGAAUACCACAGUGUGACCCUCGUUGUGGAAGGUUCUUCCAUCAGGAUCACAAUUACUCUUCUUGUCCUGGUGGAUCCGCUCGACACUACGACUGGUCGCUCUGGCUUACUCAAGGAAUGAGUGGAGGGGCGGGCGGUGACUGGGUUAUGCGCAUUAGGCUCGAAUAUAUGAUGCAAAACUUGAACUCGGAAAACAUACACAUUUUACUUCACGAAAUGGGUCAUCACUUUGCCCUGGAUGACUUCUAUGACUGGACUCCAACGGGAAUGACAAAUUUCAUCAUGUUAGCUGGCUCUUCUACCGCAAUUACGCCGUUCGAUGGCUGGAUGGCACGUGACUGGUGGAGGCAUCUCAAGUCGAGAUACAAUCUUUCAGCUGCAACAUCAACAACAAAGGCGUCCUCUACGUCGACUAGUCGGGCGUCCUCUUCGUCUACUCGAAGUUCGAGCAGCUCAACUCGUGCUUCUAGUACGACAUCUGGGGCGUCUAGUGGCCAGACACUCUAUGGUCAGUGCGGCGGUCAAGGAUGGACUGGUCCAACAACGUGCGCUCAGGGUACCUGCAAAUACUCGAAUGCAUGGUAUUCGCAAUGCCUCAACUAA